AUGGAUAAAUCACCAAUAGUUGUCCAACGAAUUAGAGCAAGAAAAAGACUUAGUGGUAAAAAUAAAUGUAAAAGAUAUGUGGCGAAAUUAGAGCGAUACUCUGCAAAGAGCUUACCAGAUCGUCCAAAUUGUAUUCACAAAAAGACAUAUGAAUGUAAUUCAUUGACAAUGAGUGAUUUGAUCGAUUUUCAUACGUGUUUUUACAAACAUAGGGAUAAACGUUCGCAAGAUGCAUUUAUUCUUAAACACAUGACAAUAUCAAAAGUGGCAAGGUAUCGGCCUAGAAAAUCCAAAUACGUGGGGAGGAAUUCAAGUAAUAAAUAUUAUAUACGUUUAAUUAAGGGCGAAAUAAAUUAUAUGAUUGACACGGGAGUUUUCAGAAGUGUUUGUAAAAAAAAUAAAAGAACAUCCGAAAUUGAUGCUCAAAAUAUGCAAACUAUGGGAAUCAUAAAAUCAGCAAAAGUCAAAGAUGUCAAUAAACUAUUAACAUCUCAUUUUGGUGAUUCCUGGAGAACAUUUCAAAUUUUAUGCUUUUAUGACAAAUUAAUACCACAAAAUGUAGAAACAGAUGUUGAUCAACAAGAAGAUGAAGAAAAUAUCUGCGAAGAAAAUGUUGACACACCUGAUGUUCGAAUCUAA